AUGCCGCGCGCGCCCGACGCCAUCGCGCGGUUCGAUUUAUUUCCAAAGCUCGGCGAUGAUUUCGCCCGGCGCACCGCCGCGGGGGGGGCGCUGAGCGUGGUCGGAUUGAUGUGCAUCGUGAUGUUGUUCAUCGCGCAGAUCGGUGAGCUGACGCGGACGACGACCACGCACGAUCUCAUCGUGGACGACGUCCCGAUCGGGAGCGAGGUGAAGAUGCGGGUGCACGUGGACGUGACGCUGCGAGCGAUGCACUGCGAACAGGUGAGUCUGGACGUGAUGGACGUGACGGGAGAGAAUCACUUGGACGUCGACGCGCACGAGGUGCGAAAGCAAAGGAUCGAUGCGACGGGGAAACCGAUCCCGAUGACGAGCGAAAAGGUGGAGGUGAACGCGAAGACGGAGGUGAAGGCGAAGGAACCGAGCGAGGAGGUGGUGGUGCGAGCGUGUGGUGAUUGUUACGGCGCGCGGGAGGAUGGAGCGUGUUGUAACGACUGCGACGCGGUGCGAGAGGCGUACAGAAGCAAGGGAUGGGCCCUGCCGGAUCUCAGGAAGGUGACGCAGUGCGCCAAGGAAUUCGACACGGCCGCGAUGUUAAACACGCAUCGAGAGGGGUGUCGGUUCACGGGGCACAUUGACGUGAACCGGGUGGCGGGAAAUUUUCACAUCGCGCCGGGGAAGAGCUUCAAUAGCAUCCACGGGCAGCACGUCCACGAUUUAUCGCCCUUCGCCGGGUUGGAGCGAUACGAUUUCUCGCAUAAGAUUCAUAAGAUUUCUUUCGGAGAGGAGUUUCCAGGCGUGGUGAACCCGCUCGGUCACGUGUCGCGCGCGCAAGACGGUCAGCAUCGGGCAGGCGUGUACCAGUAUCGCCUAUCCGUCGUUCCGUCGAGGUACAGGUACAUCGGUCUAAACGCGCGAACGGUGGAGAGCAACGACUAUUCCGUCACCGAUCACUAUCGCGGGUUCGAUCAUACGAAAGAUGGCGGGUCGCUCCCAGGAAUUUUCUUCUUUUACGAUCUCUCGCCGCUGCGCAUGGAGUACGAGGAACGACGCAUGGGUCUCCUUCAGUUCCUCGCCAACGUCGCCGCCAUCAUAGGUGGUGUCUCCGCGGUGAUGGGCAUCGUAGACGGCGCGGUGUAUCGCGGCCAGCGAGCACUUAAAGAAAAGGUAGACUUAGGCAAACAAGGGUGA